AGCAGCGCCGGAGGUCACGUGGGUCUGGAUGCCAGGCGCCCUCGCGGCGUCUCAGGCAAGCGGGUCAUGGCCGGCCCGGUGCGGGGCGCAGGGCCCAGGGCCCUGGACCUGCUUCGGGCUCUGCCUCGUGUGAGCCUGGCUAACUUGAGGCCGAACCCGGGCUCCAGGAAACCGGAAAGACGACGAAGAGGUCAGAGAAGAGGUAGGAAGUGUGGCAGGGGCCACAAGGGAGAACGUCAGAGAGGAACCCGGCCCCGGCUGGGCUUUGAAGGAGGCCAGACUCCAUUUUACCUUCGAAUCCCAAAAUACGGGUUUAAUGAAGGACACAGCUUCAGACGCCAGUAUCAGCCUUUGAGUCUCAACAGGCUUCAGUACCUGAUUGACUUGGGCCGUGUUGAUCCCACACAACCUAUUGACUUAACCCAGCUGGUCAAUGGGCGAGGUGUUACCAUCCAGCCAUCUAAAAGGGACUAUGGAGUCCAGCUAGUAGAGGAGGGCGCUGACACCUUUAAGGCAAAAGUUAACAUCGAAGUUCAGCUAGCUUCUGAGCUGGCCAUCGCCGCCAUCGAGAAGAAUGGGGGUGUCGUCACGACAGCCUUCUACGACCCGCGAAGCCUGGAAAUUCUGUGCAAACCCAUCCCAUUCUUUCUCCGUGGGCAACCCAUUCCCAAGCGGAUGCUCCCCCCCGAGGCUCUCGUGCCCUACUACACUGAUGCGAGAAACCGAGGCUACCUGGCGGAUCCCGCCGGAUUUCCCGAAGCAAGACUGGAGCUCGCCAAGAAGUACGGCUAUAUUUUACCCGACAUCACCAAAGACGAACUCUUCAAAAUGCUCAGUACUCGGAAGGAUCCACGGCAGAUUUUCUUUGGUCUGGCUCCAGGAUGGGUGGUGAACAUGGCAGACAAGAAGAUUCUGAAACCUACGGAUGAGAAGCUGCUUGAGUACUACAGCUCCUGAGCUCCGUCCAGGGGAGCCAGUGGUAGGAGGGCACCGGAAGGGGCGGUGACACGUGUUUCCCACUGCAUUGGCUCAGUUUGUGGUUCUGCCACGGAUGAUGUUUUCUGUGUAAUCAUGUCUUUUUUUUUUUAAUCAAAAUUAAAAAUACAGUAAGCAAGG